ACACUGAUAACACGCAAGUUAUGUUUAACUUUAGUGAAAUCGUCGUUCCUUGGCCGCGCUACCCGCGUUCGUGAAAAAUGAUGAUUUCUGAUAUGACCUGACAGAAAAUUCAUCAUGGAUCCCUUGCAGGUAUUUGAUAAUUUUAAACUCGACACUUUGGACGAAAAGUGGAGCGAUGAGGUCUGGGAAAGAGAGUUUUUGUCGUUUCCUGAGCCCCCGGCGGACUACUCUAUUAUUUUGGGUAGCCAAGAUAUGGAACAAUUUUUGAGAGAAACUAGCAGUACCUUGAAACAGUGGAUAUCCCAGAACAAGGAUGAUGAUGAGUUGAGCAAAGAAAGGUCUGAGGUUUCAUGGCAGACCAUUACAGCACUUGAAAUUAAUAUAAGAGGAUUGCUCGCUGUUUUGGGGUAUCUGAUGAAAACAGGUCAAGCUACAAGUGCCGACGAGGAUGACAGGCAAGCAUGUCUGGCCUCUACGAGUUUGUACUUUGUUUUGCUAAGUGUACCAGACAGUAGUACGUUUUAUGUCUUUCAUCCAAACUUGUAUCACCGGGCAUUAGAGACUUUGAAGUUGAGUGAACUCUUGGUGAUGUGCAAAAGGACUCAGAAAACCACAGAGUCAGGAAAUUCCAGUGGUGAACAGUUUCAGGACAUAUCGACGGGUGAAAGGUGCAGUUUGACGGAAGGCUUGAACAGCGUCAUGUACGAUCUGAUAACCUUGCUGCAAACUUUUUGCAUGAAGUUUCAGUUGAGAUCGUUGGAAAUAACUGUGAUAAUUUUUGUGGAAGUGACCAAGUUGGGUACAGAGGUCAAUCAUUUUGUGGCAAACCACAGUAAAAAACUUGCUACCCAAGAAGCUUCAAUCACCACUCUAGUUAACAAUGCUUAUGUUGCCUUGCAAUCUCUCAUUGAACCAAGGCACGGAACUGAAGAAAUUACCAUUAAAAUGAUCAUGAAAUGUUUGAUGCCUCACCUGUGUCCUCAUCUUCUGGAUUUACCGACCAGAGCAGCCAACGUAAUUUGGGACACGACAAUGUGUUUUUUGAAAACCAUAUUAUGUACAAAAAAGAAUAGUGCCAAACAAGGCAUGGAAAUAUUAAUCCAGCACUUGUUAGUCAAUUGCCCGGAUAGAUCGGAGCCCCGACAAAAGCAGGCUGGCAUUAUUGCUAAAUUAAUAAACAUUUGUCAAGAAGAGCUCUACCUUACCUGUAUUAAGAACGUUGUAUUGUUUUCUUUUUACAACAAAAUUCCUUUCAGAGUAUUCGGUCAAGAAGUCACGUCCAAACUACUGGCUGAAAUGGCAUUUAAUUUUGAGUCGGAGGACGAAGUAAGAAACCGAAAAAGAGCCAAAAUGGCCCUCAUUGCUGUAGUACACAGCCGUACGAUCGACGUUUCCAGCAUGGUAAGAGGCAAGUCACUGUCAACUAUAGAGUCAAUGAUAAGCUGCGAAGACUUUGCACUCGGUGAUUUCUUGAACACGUCGGAAGAAGAUCAACCCUUUCCAAAGCUCGAUGCUAUUCUGGCGGCCUUAUCAGGGGGUUCGAAUCCUCUUCCAGGGCCAAACGCCUUCAUGUCACGUCUCCUUGAGAGGAUGAAAGACGAGCGUGCACUUGUGAGGCGCAGCACCCUCCACGUGCUCCAGUACCUGGUGCCCUAUUUCCCAGCAUUGUUCGACAAAGUGGCGCCUAUCAUCGGCCUCCACUGCAGAGAUCCAGCUCUGAGCGUGCGCCGGGAGGCCAUCAACGCACUGGCCUGCCUCUUGCAUAGCAAUCCUCUGAACGAAACGCUUCUACGCGAGUACAUUAAAUCUGUACUGCCCAGGAUUUACGACGUCGAAGUCAAAGUCCAGGAGAGUGUUUUGGAGUCGUUGCAGAAUCUCGUCCUUAACGAGAUUAGUGAGUUUAGCAGUACCGACGAAGACGGGAUGAACGAGCCGGGGUACCAUUUGCCAUGGAACGUGUUAAGGGCGCUGACGCAGCUGAAGAUGAGAAAGAACUUGUCGAAAAUCUGUGAUAGCUGGGUAAAAAAUAAGGUCAUCACGGACUCGAUGAUCGGUAGGAUACAGUCGCACCUUGGCACGUUGCACAAUGAGGAGGCCUGGGUGCUCCUGCUGGCCCUCGCGGAUAAAGUGGCCCUGCCCAACAUGAGACAGUACUUUGAGGAUUUUGAGGAAGUGCUGGCGGGUGACGAGUUCGUCAAUAUUAUCAAACUCGAGGUGCUGAGGUUCUCGUGGCAGAAUAUGGACAACGAAUACCUGGAGAGUUUUUCGAAGCGGUGUUUCGACUGUCUCUGCAGAUUUGGCGUGCCCAUCGAGUCCAUCGGCACUUGUAUCGAUAUUUUGGACUGUAUGGAAAAGUAUUUGAAGAAGAAGAAGGAUGGAAAAGGCGAUGAUGGUGACGACGACGACGACGACGACGACGAUGACGACAUCCUCAGCUUGAUGAGACUGUCGGAGGCGCAAAUCAACAAAUUGAGCGAUGAAGACGAA